UUUUAAGCACGUAUCAGACGAAUAUACGCGCAUAAGUAAAAACUGUGCCCGAAAUUUUUUUUCACAACCCAAACUGUCGCUAAACGGUCGUAUGAUGCAUGCCCAAUUAGCGCUGUUAUUUCUGUGCUUCUUGGCGCCGAUUCAAAUCCAAACGGCAAAGUACUUAGACUCGAAUGAAUAUGAAGAAUGGGAAGAAUUUAAGGAGUUUCAACGAUGGAAACAUUCGAAAAAACAUCAGGAUCCUACUGGAACAAGAUAUUGGAAUUACGACCUUGGAAGGUAUAACGACAACGAACAGAAUACGUACGAUGGAGGACUUGAUGCCGACGAUCCUCCGCCUAUAGACAAAGCUGCGCUCAUGGCGCGUUACAUUGUGAAUCAAAAUAACUGGACGUCAAUCGCAACUAUAAGCAGUAUCGCUAAUGUGAGAUCCUACCCCUUCGUAAAUGUGGUGUCCUACAGCGAUGGACCACUUUUUAAUGGUUCAGGCAUGCCCUACAUUUUCAUCACACCUUUGGAUUACACGGCUCAAGAUCUUGCGAAAGAUCCUCGCGCAACCUUGUCAAUGUCCCUAGCUGAGGGUGAAUACUGUGCCACAAAAGGGUACGAUCCCAUGGACCCUCGAUGUGCCCGAGUUUAUUUUACGGGGAAAGUGAAGGCUUUAAAAAAUAACACUGCUGAAUACGAUGUAGCUAAAAAUGCGGUGUUCGCGCGUCAUCCUUGGCUGGCACACAUGCCCGCGGAUCACCACUUUUUCUUCGCUAAAUUGAAGAUUGCUCAAAUUGCUUUACUGGACACUUUCGGUGGCCCGAAGUACAUAAGCGUCAAAGAUUACUUCGCCGCGAACCAAAUCCCAAAGGACUUCCAAAAAACCGAACCAAACAAUAUUUUUGGUGACGAAUCAUCUAAGUCAGGUUAUCUGGAUGUGACGAUAGUGUAACUUCUCAAUAGCGAUUUUGUAUCGAAUAAGAGUCUCUGCCACAAUAACUUCUCACAGACACAGUGAUUAUAGGUGUACUGAUAAUACAAAUGUAAUGUAUAAAGCAUAGAAUGUGUAUAAAUAAUGCUGAGAGUUGA